CAAUCAAAAUGCAAUAUCUCAUCAUCAAAGUCAAAAAUCUCUAGAAUCAAAACCCACUACGAUCUCAUCACUAUCAUCUCAUACAAACUAAAUUUGAAUCACAACAAUCGUGAAAAUCUCGCCGCAGCCACUUAUUAAUUAUAAGCAUGCGCAUAUCUGACCAUUCCUUCGAAUGACCCUUGACUUUCUUGAAUUCUUAUCUCUAUAUAACACACCAUUUUUCGUUCACACAACAAUUAGCGUGCCCACUGCCGACCAUUCCUCCCAACCUUUCUGACUCUCUCAAUAUAUAUUCCUCUCUCUCUCUUUUGGGAAUCCGAUCUAAUCUUUUGAACCCACAAAUCACGCUCCAAAGAGAAUCCCAUUCUUCAGUAUUCUCCACCACCACCAAAGCAUAGUCACUAGCUCCACCACUAACACACACCCACCAAAAUAUAUACCCAAAAACUCUUUUUCUCACUUACAUGUUAAUAUCAUAUGAAAAACCAUUUCUUGAGGAGUAGUAAUAGAAGAGAAAACUAGGAUGUCAAACAUACCCACAUCUCUCUCUGAAAUUUGUUUAACUCAAUCACGUCUCACCAUGUCUGUUGCUGACCCUUGGCCCUUCUCUUGAAAUCCUCACCUCACCUAAACAAAAACAAAAACAAAGAAAAAACUCCCCAAAACUCAAAUCAAAUCCUUUCACAAACCCCACUUUUUCAUUUUUUCUUGACACUUUACUUAACCAUGAGGAAAAUCAAAGGAUUCAAGCUAGGGAAGCGACUAGUGAGAGCCACGAAAUGGGUCCUCCGGAAAAACAGGACCCGACCCGGAUACAUCCGGCUCAACCGGGCUGCUGCGGCACCAACAACAUCAACCCCAUCUACAAAACCCAUGUCGAAGCUGAUCACCUGGGCCAAAUCCUUCUGCCAUUGCAGCAAACCCGGGUCGGGUUACAUGCAAAUCGGGCACGAACCGGUUAAGGAAAAGGAGGUGGCGGUUCCGAAAGGACACCUGGCGGUGUACGUGGGUCAAAAAGACGGCGACUUUCAGAGGGUGCUGGUGCCUGUGAUUUACUUCAACCACCCUCUGUUCGGCGAGCUGCUCAGAGAGUCGGAGGAAGAGUUCGGGUAUGAGCACCAAGGGGGGAUCACGAUACCGUGCCCGAUAUCCGAUUUCGAGAGAGUCCAGACCCGGAUCGCCGCCGGGUCUGGUGGGGCCCGGAGGCUGACGUGGAAGCGUCACUAUUAGGAGAGAAAGUGAUUGCAUGGGAGAAUUUUUUUUUUUUUUUUUUUUUUGGGGGGGGUUUGGUGGAGAUGGUUGAUGAACAGUGGUUGAUGAUGAUGAUGACGAUGAUGGCGAUAAAAGAUUCGAACUGAUAACGAAAAUGAUGUGUAGAUUUUUUUUUUUCUCAAUUAGGUAGUGGUUUACAUUUAUGGUUAUUUACAUGUUUUUUUUCUCUUUUUAC